CCCGUCAAUUGCUUCCCCGCGAUUGUUAUCACCGGUGUGACCUCGCGAAGAUGGCGUACAUGUCCAUGUCCCUCCAUGCGGUCAACCACCGCCUGACAAACGUCCCCGUCAAGCACCUACCGCAUUUCGCAUCAUCCAUCGCAACAUCUAUCAGCAAUUGCGGGGAGCUGCUGUCGACCCCUCAGAGCCAGAAGUCCGGCAAGGCGGAUUCGGACAAUGCCGUCCAGGUCCACAAGCUCAUGACUCGUUUGGGGAGUCUGUUGCAGGACAGGACGUAUGAAGGCCGCUGGACCGCUGUAGUCCUGGUGAAGGCUCUCGUCGAGGCCGGUCAGUGGGAGAUCCUUCGCGGAUGCGAACCGUUUGUUCGCGGUCUGAUUAGCAUCCUGGCUAAAUCCGACCCCGUCUCCACGAAGAAAAUGUGCAUUAUCACCUUGACUCGCAUCUUCCACCUCACCUACCAGUACCCGACUCUCGUUCGCGAAAUCACAACGCCGGCUCUGCCAGGCUUUAUCACCGCCGCGCUGAACCUCAUCUCUGUCAAGCCAUCCUCUGAGCCCAUCAGAAAGCUGAAACCCAGUACCCCCUUUGUGGAGGUUGUGCUUCAGGCAAUUGCAGAGCUGAUCGCAAGGCACCCGACUAUCUUCCGGCCGUUCACGUCGCAAAUCCACAGUAUCCUCCAGACCAUCAUUGGCUCUACUUCGCCCACAUUCUCCGAACCGGUAUUGGACAUCGCCCAGAAGUUAUUUAUCUCCCUCCACAAUUGCGCUCCGAAGAACACUGGUGGAGAAGAAUGGAAGAGUGCUUGUCGCAUGACGAUCACCUCCGUUCAUGCGACGUCGUCUUACGUUCUGCGAGCUAUCUCGGAACAAUGGGAAUCCGUUGAUCCGUCUCUGCGUCAGAUGUCGCAACCGCAGAACUACAGCCAGGAAGUGGGCAACGGGCCUGAUGCUUUGGGACUCAGUGGCUGGCAGGGUCUGAACGCUGGCGUCAACCGGCUGGUUGUGCUCCUGCGGAUGCUCUCCGGGUUCGUGGGUACUGCUACUGCUUCUACCGUGACCAUUCCGGUGGGAGCAAUUCUGGAUCUGACGGCCCGAUUGAACAUGGUGACCGUACCCUCCGGUGACAGCGACAUUCAAGCCAACCCGCAGAUUGGCCGCGCUGAAAGAGAGCACCUGCUUACCGAACUCCCUCGCAUUCACAUUGCCUGCAUGAAACUCCUGCUUCACUUGGUCGACGCUCUGGAAACCAGCGCCAUCUCUGUCGCCCAGACAAUCCUAGAGCAGGCGCUGUGGAUAUUCCGUGCCGAGAAGUUCAACCGCGAGGUUCGCACUGCUGUGUAUGAUCUGGUCUCUGCCUUGCUCACCCAGAUCGGCCCAUCCAUGACCAAGCAGAGUGUCGCUUCGCUGACCGGUAUCAUCCGCACUUGUUGCCAUGAUCUCUUGCCUCCUACCGGCAACCAGGUCGUGGCCGCCGAAAAGCCAGACCCGAAGUCGAAGAACAAGUCAAACCAAGCCACUGUGAACGCAGACGCUUUCCUGAACCCUGGACUGAAACAAGUCCGUCAGACCAGCUCCACAUCGUCCUUUCCCUACCUCAAGCGCGCUGCUUCCGAGCUCCUCGUCGCUGCGCUGGCGCACGCGCCGACUGAGUUCAUCUCUCCGGCUCUCCGUGCGGAGGUCGACCGAACCAUCAUCUUGACCUCCGACAAGAACGCAAUGCUCUCCAGCGUUCUCAACCCCUUCCCAGCCAUGCAGGGCCGUGGCGUGGGUACCAGCAUCAUGCCAUUCCUGGCUCGCAGCUAUCCCGCUGAGACAGAAGUGGAAUGCCUCAUCCGCCCGCGCAUGCCUGUGCUGAUGAACGCUCCCGCAACCAACGGCUACGCCCCCAUGGACGAGGAUGAGGACGAUGAGGACGAAGCAGCGGCUGCACCUCAACCCGCCCCCGCAGCAAGCGGAUUCCUCAAAAACACCCCUACGCCCAGUCUGCACCACGACAUGAUGGACAUGGAAGUCCCCUCACAGCCCACCCCCCAAAGCAAACGCAGCUAUACUGAAGAAGUCGAAACGCCAGCCCCGGCACCAUCAACCCUCCCUAGUCCAGGCUCACAAAGCAAAAAGGCCCGUUUCGCACCCGAGACAGCCACCCAGCCAGCCUUGGACGCCGCAUCACCCGCCACUUUCACCGGCACGGCCGCUAUCUCCGUUCCUUCAUCAUCCAUCACCGGUCCUACCCCCGUGCCGACAUCGAAGCCCGCCAUGUCAAGCACAAAGCAGUCAUCCACCCUACAGUCUACUUCUACUGCCGAAGCUGGAGAAGACGACAGCGACGACGAAUUGCCGUCUCUGAACAUCGAUCCAGACACGGAUGACGACGAAGAUGACGAGUAAGCGUUUGAUUCUUCCCUAUCCGCAACACAUGUAUUUAGAAUUUUUUUUCCCAUAACCGAUCAUGUCGAUUAAUGCCGGGAUAUGUAUGUACUAUAUGACAUGGGUGGGUUUCAUGUGCACAAGCAUAUGGCUAUCAUAAGUGUUGAAAGAAAUAUAAUUAACAGAACCUGGAAAUCAG